GAAGCCGCGGGCGAGGAGCUGGAGGAGGAGCCGGGGUUGGGGGAAGGGGAAGGGAGAGGCCGCCAUUGAGGACCCGGAGCUGGAGGCCAUCAAGGCCCGGGUGAGGGAGAUGGAGGAGGAGGCGGAGAAGCUGAAGGAGCUGCAGAACGAGGUGGAGAAGCAGAUGAACAUGAGCCCCCCGCCGGGCAACGCCGGCCCGGUGAUCAUGUCCCUGGAGGAGAAGAUGGAGGCUGAUGCCAGGUCCAUCUACGUGGGCAAUGUGGAUUAUGGGGCGACGGCGGAGGAGCUGGAGGCUCAUUUCCACGGCUGCGGCUCCGUCAAUCGCGUCACCAUCCUGUGUGACAAGUACAGCGGCCACCCCAAGGGCUUCGCCUACAUCGAGUUCUCGGACAAGGAGUCGGUGCGGACGUCGAUGGCCCUCGACGAGUCGCUCUUCAGGGGGAGGCAAAUCAAGGUGAUCCCGAAGCGGACGAACCGCCCCGGGAUCAGCAGCACCGACCGGGGCUUCCCGCGGGGCCGCUUCCGGGGCCGGGGCGGGGGCGGCUUCGGCUCCGCUCGCUCCCGCUUCUACAGCGGCUUCAGCCGACCCCGCGGCAGGGGAUACAGGGGUCGAUCCCGAGCCACCUCCUGGUACUCCCCGUAUUGAUCCGCCCCUCCCCACCCCCAAACCCC